AUUGGCUGGCCCAAUAAAUUCCCCCUCUCCUUCCUCCCAUUUCCUAUCCCAGGCUAACUCAUAUUCCCACCACCACCACCAAUGCAAAAUCUCCAUAGCCCAACUGGAACUUCUCCUUCUCCUUUAUAUAAAUCCCUCCAAAUGAAACAAAAUUAACUUACAAUUGCUCUUAAUAACCCCAUAAAGCAAAAAGAAAAAAAAAGCUUUCAGAUUCCCUCAUCACCAUGGGUCCUUUCUCUGCAACACCCUCAUCUGUUGGGCUCCUAUUCAUCAUCACCAUUUCUGCUGCAACUCUACUUUCUCUCCUCCCACUUGCUAGUUCCAUUCCCUUUAUUGUUCUACAUGGGAUUGGAGAUGAGUGUAAGAGUGGGAAAGUGAGUCAUUUCACUCAAAUGGUGGCCAAUCUCUCUGGCUCACCUGGUUUCUGCCUGGAAGUUGGAAAUGGGUACUGGGAUUCUUGGUUCGUGCCCAUGAAGAAGCAGGCAGAGAUGGUUUGCAACAAUGUGAAGACGAUCGAUGAGCUCAGCAACGGUUACAACAUAGUUGGACUCUCCCAGGUUUCUGGCUCACUCUGUUAAUACUAUUUUAAUAAAACGUGUUUGUUUGUACUUAUUAUUAUGAUUAUAAUAAUGAUGACAACAAAAUGUUUGCGUGACAUUAAUUAAUUAAUUAAAACUAUGAAACAGGGCAACUUAGUCAGUCGAGCCGUGAUAGAGUUCUGUGAAGAUGGUCCUCCCGUGAUGAACUACAUUUCGUUGGCUGGACCUCACGCAGGAAUUGCUUCCGUUCCCAUGUGUGGCAAUGGGACAUGGUGCGAAGUAGCUGAUGAACUCAUCAAGGCGGGCAUUUAUACUGAUUUUGUUCAGGAUCACUUGGCGCCAAGUGGGUACCUGAAGUUGCCUGAUGAUAUGUCUGCUUACUUGAGCAAAUCCAAGUUCCUCCCACAACUCAACAAUGAACAUCCUGAAGCUAGGAACCCAACAUUCAAGCAGAGAUUCAGGAGCUUGAAGAAUUUGGUGCUUAUAAUGUUUGAGGAAGAUGAAGUGAUUGUGCCUAAGGAGACUGCCUGGUUCGGAUUUUAUCCCGACGGAGAGUUCAGCCCAGUUUUACCGGUGCAACAGACGAGGCUGUACCAAGAGGACUGGAUAGGGCUGAAGCAGAUGAAUGAGGAAGGAAGAGUACAAUUUGUGAAAGUGCCAGGAGGCCACCUUGGGAUUUCAGACAGUGACCUCAAGCAAUAUGUGAUCCCUCACUUGCUUCCUGCUGCUGCUCACUAAUUCAAUGCAAAACAUCCCCCCAAGAUUCAAUACCUGACUGACACCAACAUCAUCAACUUUGGGGGAGAAGAAGCAGAAAAAAGCAACUGGAAGGAAGAACAUUGAUUGUUUGCAGUGAUUUUUCAUGGUUCAGCAAGAACUGGGGACCAUUUGAUUCUUACUAUGAUGAUGAUGAUGGCAAUAGUUAAUGUUUGAAGAUUUCCCCUUCCCUUGAAGUCACUCCUGCCAUUAUGUCAAGAAAAUUGCAAUUAUGAACAUGUGUAGCAAUUAGGAAGAGAAUACAAUAAUCAGAGAUCACAGUGAUCCUCUUUCAUUAUUAUGUAUAAAAGGUAUAUGUAACUAAUUUGUGUUUAUCAUAUCCCUAAUGAAAGAUUACCGUUUAUAAUUAGCUGCGAAGUUAGAAAUUUGAGUGAGAGGAGCAGCGAAUAAUCAAGCAUAUGUGAUCAAUGACUUACCAACUUUUCUAACUUCCAAAAUUUGUAGAAGUUUACAUGUAUUGUUAAUUCUAAUAUGCAACUU